GGCGYCGUGUGACUCCGGGCUGUGGGCGCGCUCGCGGUCGUUCGGCCAUGGUUUUCUCAAAUAGUGAUGAAGGCCUUAUUAACAAAAAGUUGCCCAAAGAACUUCUCUUAAGAAUAUUUUCCUUCUUGGACAUAGUAACUUUGUGCCGAUGUGCACAGAUUUCCAAGGCUUGGAACAUCUUAGCCCUGGAUGGAAGCAACUGGCAAAGAAUAGAUCUUUUUAACUUUCAAACAGACGUAGAGGGUCGAGUGGUAGAAAAUAUCUCGAAGCGAUGUGGUGGAUUCCUGAGGAAGCUCAGCUUACGAGGCUGCAUUGGUGUUGGGGAUUCCUCUUUGAAGACCUUUGCACAGAACUGCCGAAACAUUGAACAUUUAAACCUCAAUGGGUGCACAAAAAUCACUGACAGCACGUGUUAUAGCCUUAGCAGAUUCUGUUCCAAGCUGAAACACCUGGACCUGACCUCCUGUGUGUCUAUUACAAACAGCUCCUUAAAGGGCAUCAGUGAGGGCUGCCGAAAUCUGGAGUAUCUGAACCUCUCUUGGUGUGAUCAGAUCACAAAGGAUGGCAUCGAGGCACUGGUACGGGGUUGUCAAGGCCUAAAAGCCCUGCUCCUGAGGGGCUGCACACAGUUAGAAGAUGAAGCUCUGAAGCACAUUCAGAAUUACUGCCAUGAGCUUGUGAGCCUCAACUUACAGUCCUGCUCACGCAUCACGGAUGAAGGCGUGGUGCAGAUAUGCAGGGGCUGCCACCGGCUGCAGGCCCUCUGCCUUUCGGGUUGCAGCAACCUCACUGAUGCGUCUCUUACAGCCCUGGGUCUGAACUGCCCAAGACUGCAAAUUUUGGAGGCUGCCCGAUGCUCCCAUUUGACUGAUGCAGGCUUUACACUUUUAGCUCGGAAUUGCCAUGACCUGGAGAAGAUGGAUCUGGAAGAAUGCAUCCUGAUAACCGACAGCACGCUCAUCCAGCUCUCCAUUCACUGUCCUAAGCUACAAGCCCUGAGCCUUUCUCACUGUGAGCUCAUCACGGAUGAUGGGAUCCUGCACCUGAGCAACAGCACCUGUGGUCAUGAGAGGCUGCGGGUACUAGAGUUGGACAACUGUCUUCUCAUCACUGACGUGGCUCUGGAACAUCUAGAAAACUGCCGUGGCUUGGAGCGCCUUGAGCUGUAUGACUGCCAGCAGGUCACUCGAGCAGGCAUCAAGCGGAUGCGGGCUCAGCUCCCUCAUGUCAAAGUCCAUGCCUACUUUGCUCCUGUCACCCCACCAACAGCAGUGGCAGGAAGUGGACAGCGACUGUGUAGGUGCUGUGUUAUUCUCUGACAGCCCACUGCUCAGGCCCAAGGGGUGAUGAGGUGUCUCUUCUUGUAGAGAAGACCAGUCUUCAUGAUUACUCCAUCAUUACCCAAAUCUCUUGCUUCUCCACUGGGAAAGGCAUUUACAGGUAAAAGCCUUCAGUAUGGACUGGAGUAACUCUGGUGAUAGUGUUUCACCUUUAUUUUGCUGUGAUGCAAUCAAAACUUUGUGUCCAUUAACACGUGGCAAGAGUGGUCUUGAUGCAGCCAAGAUCACACAAGAAACCUGGAUCCCUUAUGAGGUGGGUACCAAUCUCUGUACAAAAGUCCUACCCUUGGCUUUAUCAGCAUUCCUCAAACAGACCAUCAGUGUUAGCACAAACUGAGCAGAAAAAUAUAACCUGUUGAUUUUCUACCUGAUCCUUAAGCCAGUGGCCUACUUUAAUCCACAGUAAUUGCAUUUUGAUUAGCUGGACUUUUCACUUUGAAGAUUAAAUAGCAAUUUUAUCAAAGUGACUGUAAUGCAAAUUCACAAUACCCAAAUAGUUUUAUAUGUAGAAACUUAUGUGGAAGGCAUGAUAAUAGGUUUCCAUGAGACACCAAAGAAAUGAGGACUCUAAACUGGGUGAAGCAGGGUCUUCACCUUUGUUAUCAGCCUGUCAUAUCCACCUCCAGGAACCAAAACAAAACAAAAGCAACUCAGUUUGUGUUGCCUGAUUGGAAAUUACAAGCUCUGGCAUAUGCUACAGCACAUAAUGCAUUUUUAUUAUAGGGAAUAAAGCUAAUUAUUCCAUACUUCUCACCAAAUAUGGGGGAUCUAAAGAAACAGGAAUUAAGGCUUAAGUUAUCUCUAGUAUACUAUUAAAAACAAUGAAUGGAUGCAUGUAGAAUGGAUGUGAUUUUUUUUUUAUUUUUAAAUUUUAGAAAUCAGGUUACACCAAAACUAUUCAAAAAUUUUACACACUUAAAACUCAGAAAAGUGUUGGCACCUUUUGGACUCACAAUAUAAAAAUGAAUAAACCAUUGCAAUACUUAAUUCAGAGGGUUUUAUUGCUAUUUUCUGGCACAUAAAUCUGAGUAAAACCGUUUUCCAAAUUCAGACCUCCUAAUGUUACCUGAAAUAAGAUAUGAUGCUAUAACUGAGUCCUGCUCUGCACUGUCCACAUUUGUGAUCUUUAUUGAAGAUUAGGAACCCAUUACCACCUUCACUGUGAACUCAAGUGUUAAUGGCAGCUGAUCCUUGCAACCACUUYUUAGAAUUCAUGAGAAAUAAAAACAAAAAUGCUUUCUAUGCUUUUAUAGACAAUGAUAAAAGCAUUUUUAAGGGGACAAAUGCCUCAGCUGCAUUCAAAGAUGGCAGAUAAACAUAUACCCCCCAUAAAUUGACUUAGCAAGAUUGAGUAAGCAUUAAAGUACUAUUUUAUUGCUUUUUGAUAAACUCCAGUAUUUCCUGGUUAUAUGAAUGCCACAGCAGUUAUAUUUGCGCCACUGUUAGGGAAGGAGGACAUAACUGAUGAAGCCAUUUAAGUGAACAAAUGAGCAUGUAACAAACUUGUUAAAAUGAUUAGUUUGUAUUAAAUUUAAUUGGUAGAGUGCUUUACCUGGCCAUGUGUGAGGCCCUGAAUUUAAUCCCCAGCACUGGAGAAGAUUUUUUUUUCUAAUGACCAGAGACUGCCAUAYAUUCUCUCUUUGAGUUAGGAUACAACCUCUCACUGCUAUUGGACUUGAUGCUAAACGAUCCAUGACCUCAUUUAUAAAAAUAGAGGGUUACCUCAAGUGAGAAAACCAGGUUUGCUUCCUCUGUAAAGAACAGUUUGUAGAAUAACCUGUCCUUAGUUUUGAGGGGAAAAAACCUACAAGAGCUUAGCCUCUUACAAUAUUUGUUCUGAGGUAUGCUCAGGACAGUGGCUCCCUUGGUUCUAUGACUCUACUUGAGAUGAAACUAGCAAGGUGAAAGUCAACUUGAAGUGAAACUAGCAAGAACUGACAUUUUAAAUGAGACACGUUUGCAAAACAAUCGGAAAACAUUUAUUGUACUGAAAUGUGUACAUCCUACUAUUAAAAAAACAAAGUAGCAAAUUUGCUGGUGCCAUAAUUUAUUUAACCUGUUUUACUGGGACAGACUAACGGUCAAUGCCACUCAGUAUUAAUUUCAAGUUUGAUGAGCUUGUAUUUUAUCCCACUUUUCUAAAACCUGAUGAAUUCAAAAUAGCACACAGCAUUAAAUGACAUUUAUUGUUCCAUAAAUCAUGAGACCCAAAGGAAUGCUAAAUAGACAAGCAAAACUCUAAAACAACUGAGAAGCUUACUUCUUUCAAGAACCAAGUGACUGGUACAGAAAACAUGUGGUCACACAAAAGCAAAGGGGAGAAGGACAGAAAAGAAAACUCUCUUCCUACAUGGUCUAUAGGAGUAACAGAUAUUUCUGAACUAAGAUGAAAAUAUUCAGACAGUGCUUCUUUGUAGCAAAUAAUUAACCCCUUUAUGAAUAAACCAAAAUGUCAAAGCUUUCACCUAGUGAAGUCAUUUGUCUUCUGGGAGAGAUUUCAAACUUACAAUUAAUCAUUCCUAUUUCCACCUGAACAAAGACGAAGCUCAAAUGGUACAUUCAAAGCCAAAAGAGCUUAAUAAACAGAGAUGCUGUAAUUAAAAAGUUUAAAAAUUCAGUCUGAUACACCAUAGGCCUCAAAAAAUGCUCAAUGAAUUCUGGGAAGGCUCUGAGUGAAGGGAGGAGCAAAAGAAGAAACUAGUGGAUUCCCUUUGGUGGGGGGGGGGGAGUAUGCUAGCACACUUUUUAUGAAAGAUGCAUACUUUAAGAAAAAGCCAUUGUGUGGUUAUUAAAAACCUCUCAAUCAGAAUGUUUAUUCAUGAUUGUACUGAAGCUCAAUAUCUGACAAGAGACCAAGGGAUUUUUUUUUUUUUGGUAMAUUUUAGUGUUAGAUUUAUGAUAUCUAGUGUUUCCAUGAAAAAUCUCAUCUUGUUCAUAACAAAGAUCCCAUAACACCAACUCAGAAGCUACCAACAAUAAAACUUUGUGCCUCCUACCUAUGUCACCUAUUUCCAAUGUCUAGGGCAGGUCUUUAAAAAUGCUCAGGAGUAAGGGGGUGGAGAAAUAAGAAGGAAACAAGACAGAAAACCACGAGUUUAAAGGCAA